GACGAUCACGACAGCCAAGGGCUUGCCAGGGUCAAUGAAGUGCUGGACGGGCUGCGAGCAGUGUGGGUCAGCUACGUGUGCCUUGGUGGACGGCAACAAGACGUGUGUGUGACCCGCCCCUCAAGUCUUGGGCACCACUGCGAAGCAGUGCCGUG